UGCCAGUUCUGGCCAGCCGGCUGGCUCUGGGACGCUGGGAAGUGCUAUUACUUUUCUUCGGCCAAGCAGGCCUGGGCCAAGAGCCAAGAGGAUGGCCGCUCCCGAGGCGCCCAGCUUGUCACCAUCAGAGCCAACGCCACGCUGGCCUUCCUGCAGCGUGUGUCCAAGAGCAACACGUUCCACAUCGGGCUGAAGAAGGAACAUGCCAGGCUUGACUGGAAGUGGGUGGACGGCUCUGCACUGAACAGGCUCUUCCCAGUGACACGCUCCACCGCCUCCUACCUGGCUUGUGGGAGGGUGUCGGGCCCUGGGCUGUCGGGCGGGUCGUGCACAGACCCCUGCCGCUGGAUCUGUGAGCAGAGUGCCCUCACCUUGCAGUGGGGCCACGGCUCUGCCCCUCCCACUUUCCUGGUGGGGAACACGACCUACACCUGCCUCGAUCCCCAGUGAGAGCAGCUGAGGGCCCAGACCCAGGACCCUGCACCUGGUGACCUGCUCCCCUCUGCUCCCGGUGCUCCUGCCCUCCUGGGAGCCCAGUGAUCCAUGCACCCCCACGCUACCGCCCGCCCCGGGGUCUGGGCUCCCAUGAGCCCGUCAGGCCCAUGCUCCACUCUGUCCAGCGGCCCCCAGGUCCUGCCCAGGCCUAACGGUCAGAGCAAUCACCGGAUCAAGCCCCCGCUCCUCCAGAGCCAGAUUGUCGCUCUCUGGCCCCCCCGGCAGCUGCGCUCCUCUGGGGCAGUGCAGACCGCAGAGUCCAGGGCACAGUGCCUGAGCCGGGACCCGGCAUGCCCGGGCGAGGGGACCGGCGGUGGCAUGAGCUUCUGGAGAUCAGGUGAAUCCGGAGUCAGAGCCUCUCCGAGGAACUCUGCAACACCUCCCUCUUCGACAAGGCUUUCCCCGUCUGAACCCCCCGCCCCCCACUGCAUCCCCCAACCCCGAUUUUAUUCCCAAAGGGGAAGGAUGCCAGAGGCUCCGUGAACCCCCUAAGGACCGUGCUGUCGCUCUAGAUUUGAUGGGAAGGCACCCAGCUGCAAUGGUGAUGGGC